UCAGCGUCCUACAUCCUAGGUGCUUCACCUGAUCCAAACCAGGCUAGCGGUCUGAAAUCUAUUGCGUUGAUCUGAUGCCAUCUCUCCUUUUCCCUCUCUCGCACACUCUCACACACUCUCUCUCACUCUCUCUUUCCUCCACAACUUCAGACCCUUCGACUUUCUCAUUGCUAUAUCGCUCCUAACCAAGGCGCUCGAUCGAAAAUAAAAAACCAUGCCUUACAAAGACAUCGGCGAAUUGCCAAAGGCUGUGCAGAGCCACCUUCCCAAGCACGCUCAAGAGAUCUACUUGGCGGCCUUCAACCAUUCCUGGGACGAGUACCGCCACCCGGAAGACCGCAGAGAUGACGCUUCGCAGGAGCAGACCGCCCAUAAGGUGGCCUGGGCUGCUGUCAAGCACAAAUACGAAAAGGACGAGAGCACCGGCAACUGGGUGCCCAUAUAAGUCAUGGUCCGCAACCCUUACCUCGACUCUUUCAGAGAGCUACUAGGACCCAAACCCCCCGACAACUCGCCCCAUACCUUCCUUGCAGGAAGAUGCAUCUUCGUGCCAUCAGCACUUUCUACGCACUUUGGCUAAAAGACCAUUUUGUACAGCAGCUCCCUCUCUAAAUCAUCUUUAUCUGGAAAUAAACUUUUGUCCUUAUCCAGCAGGCAAUAACAAGC